AUGGAUUGCAUUCUGGGCAUCGGCGGGGCCCACAUGGUUGCCCUCGAUCCCGGUGCUCGACAUGUGGAGGUGGCCACCCGCGGUCACUAUGCACGUGUCUUGUCCGGGCUGCAGAAAGUUCUCGCCAAUGAAGUCAUGCCUUACUUUGGGAGCGGCAAGGAGGAGAAGGCCCAGUAUGUGUUGCUGAUGCUCCUUCUGCUCUGUGUCUAUGAGCAUACACAAGGAGAUAUAAACGGCUCAGUGUUCCAUCACAUCAAAGCCAGCCGUCAUUACGUUCAUAGCCUCACAAAAACAGCGCGAAAUUCAAGCUCCGACUGGCUGGGCCAUAUCAGAGGCUUCCUGCUGGAGAUCUACUCAUUCAUGGCCUUGAAAUUGGCAAUCACGCCACGAGGGGCAAUGGAAGAUCAUCCGAUCAUGCUGGACCCAUUCCUAGAAUCUUUGAGCUUCCUCCGCGAGUACAAGUCCUGCGGUUUCAUGCUCGGCUUCGGACACGGGCUGUUUGAGAUGAUACCCAAGAUAGCUAGUCUGGUCGAGAAACGACGCUUGGAGGAGCUCACCAACGCCAAAGUUGAAGCGUCGUACGAUGCCUAUCAGGACCUUGUGGAACGCCUAGAAGCUUGGGAUGCGUUCUCUGACGUUCUCACCGGUGAGGGUUCAAGUCCGCGAUACCAGCAGGGCCCAGCAGUCGACAUCUAUCGUACCGCCCUAAUCGUAUAUCUUCACUCUGCAUUUCAUGAAGACUUGCAUGAGCGCGGGGAUCUCUGCGCCGAAAUCGAUUUGCACAUAGACAAGGUUUUGCCACUGGUGUGGGCAGUGUACUCAAGCGCAGCGCCGUUUCGCAGGAUGAUGCUCUGGCCGGCGUGUAUUCUGGCUUCGUUUUGCAGGCGACCGCAGCUUGCUGAUCGCUUUAGGAUGGGACUGAACUGCAACACGCAGGCGCCGGGAGGGGUGAAGGUGGCGGCGAAGGCGAUGGAGAUGCUGUGGGCGGAUCCGGAUCCUCGUGCGUAUGGGCCGCGGGGGCUGAGCAUGGUGAUGAAGAAACAUGGGCUUAGUUUUAGUAUGGGCUGA